AUGCUCCAGAAAAUGUCUCAGGAUUGUGGCAGCCAGGUUGCACAAGGGAGGAUGAGCUUAAACAGCAAGUCCAUUGCUGCACCUGAAGAUGCUCGAUACAUUGACGCCUUUCGCUUUGUGGCUCUGGAGAGAGAGAAAGAUCCCUGGCGCGACGGCUCGACCCUCCCUGUUGCCACUACCAGAGACACGUAUAAAAAGGAGAUUGCUACACCAACGGGCGCCCCAGCAUGGGAUAUAAUGGAGCACAAGGUCCUCAGGUUUUUUAGCUACUUCAAUGAGCACGUCGACGAAUCAAGGGCGGAAAAUUAUCGCAGCAGGCCAUGCGAAAUCUUGUAUUACCUGGAGGACGAUACCAUGGAAAUCGUCGAGCCCAAUAUCGACAACAGCGGCAUGCACAGUGGCUCCUUAAUCAAGAGGCAUCGAUUUCCCAAUGCGGCUGACCCUGAAAAGCUUGUGUCACCGGCAGAUCUGCUUGUUGGCAAAACUUUCACAGCAUACGGGAAGACAUUCGCAAUAACAUCAUGCGAUCCUUUCACACGGGACUGGUACAGGGCCUCGGGAAUGAACCAGCCGCCUAACUGCACCGUAGACUUCCCAGCCAGUAUCGGUUAUUCAUGCGACAGGGUGCAAAGCAAGCACCGCACACAAACAGCAACACCAAACUCAGCCAAGCAAUGCAUCGAUGACUUUUACGAACGCGUUGAAAGCCCUGAGCCGGUGAGAGUGCAUCCCACACUGAGCAAGUGCUUGAUUCCAGCAGUGGGCUUCUACGCACUCAAAUCGGUUCGCUGCCACAGAGCUUGGCGCGCAGUGCAGCCAUCUUUCUAUCCACCUGUUGUGAAUUUUUUGCCGUACUUAGAGAUGACACAGUGGAAAUUCGAGAAAACCUGCCAUCCCAUGGAGGGCAACGGGAAGGUUUUAAGCGUGGGGCCAUCGUAUCCGUGCCCCCCAGAAGCAGAAUAUUUCGUGCUGCAGGAUUUCAAAGUUGGUUCGGUGGUGAGAAUAGCGGACCGGGAGUUUUUCAUAUACGCUGCUGACCCGUUUACUAUGUCUUAUGUAAAAGACAAUCUGGGCAUACAACUUCAAGAACCCAUCAAAGUUGAUGAACCUGAGGUGCCAAUGCAGCCAUCCACUUCAGCGAAUCCAAGGCCCCACGAGAAGGCUAACGCAGCUUACUCCAAGUACGAUAGGAAGAGCGGACAUUUGUUUAUAAAGGCCACGAUUGCAGACAUGAUCUGCCCUGAUGCUUUCGGCAGAGAAGUGCACAUACUCUUCUACCCGGAAGACAAAUACGUCUCUGUCUUUGAGCCCAAAGGAGACGGGCAUAGCACUACAUCUGGAGAAAAGUUGCUCCAAAAGUCCAUAUAUUUCAAUGAAAGUGCAGGAAGACCCUUCGAAGCCAGCGACUUUGUCAUAGGACGUUUAUGGGACGGUCUUCGUGGGAACGAUAUCAAAUCCGGCCGAAUGUUUACUGCCUGCGAUGAGGACGCUCUCCUCAUGACGAGGUAUUUUGACUCCACUCAAGAUGGAAAAGUAGACUACGAAGAAUUUUGCAAAGGGAUGUUGGAGUUGCAGGGGGCAUUCUUGUCCAACAGCCAAAGGCUAAAUGAAACUUUGCGCAGUCCACGGCUUCUCCAGUUACUUACCAAGGAGUUCUCUCGAUCAUCCCUUGGGAGAAACGUUUCUGUAGACGAAGCUGUCGAAGUUUUCAACCGUUGUGGCCUUAAAAGCGACGUGCAGGGGAGUAUAAUUAUCUCCGGUAUAAAUCAGUUCGCUACGAUGACCAAAAUGGCCUUGAGGGAAGUCCAAUCAAAGUGA